AUGAUUUCCGUGAUAAAAAGUAUUUUAUGUCCUUCCCAGGGUCUUAAAAUAUUUGGAGACCUCUCGUUGCGAAGCGUGGUGGGGGCCAUGCUACGCGACGAGAGGUCCUGGUCGGCGAUGGUCUCCUUCAGCGAGGCCGUCAUCUCACUGAAGGAGACGGCGGAGAGGGAACGCGAGGCUAACGCCUUAGCAGACCCUCUUCGUCGCCGUCGGCUGGGGGAGAGGAGGCGCCGGUAUGCGCAUCUUCUCCCGCCACCC